AUGAGUGAAAAAUCAACGAUAACUUUAGACCGCUUUACUUGCAAAGUUGAUGAGUAUUUCUUUUGUAUCGUUUGUGACCAUAUAGUGAUUGAUCCUUUAGAAUGCUCUAACUGUGAAAAUUUAGCUUGCUCAGAGUGUGUAGCAAAAAUAGAAACCUGCCCACAAUGCAAUAAUCAGAUAAAGCCAAGAGCUACAUCUAAAUAUGCGCUGCAAUAUUAUUCUAUAUUUAUUUAAAUGAGCCAUCUUAAAAUUCAGCCUAUUUUUUUAUAUAAUCAAUUAGCGCUACCUAUUUAAUAUGAAGGUUUUUUGGUUAUAAAUAUUUAAAAUAAUCAUAAUACAUAGUUAAAUAUUUCAAAAAUAAUAUAAAUACUUGGGUAUUUUUCAGAUUUUUUGAGCAAAUCAAUUAGGGAGUGAUUAUAAAAAGCUCACAAUGAAAUGCAUAAAUUUCAAUAAUGGAUGCACUCUAGAAGGGCAAAUCCAUGAUGUGUUGGAGCAUCAAAAAUCAUGCGACUAUGAGAUGUUUAUAUGCUCAAGCCCAAUCUGCAAAAAAAAGCUUCUUAAGAUAGAAAGAUACUGCCUAUCUCCAUUGGUUUGUUCAGAACUCUGUAAAAAAGUGUGCAAUUUUAAUAAACUAUUGGAUACCCUUGGAGAAGAAGAAAUUUUACAAGCUUUUCAAGGAUUUUUGUAUGAAAGUAAAUCUCAAGUAUCCUUCAGAAAUUGGGCUAUUAAGAAAAAAUGAUAAUUUAUAAUUAAUUUAUAAGAGAAAAAUGGCUGAUGGCGUUUAUUAUGAUAAUAUUAUAAGAAAAAGCAGAAUAAUAAAAGAAAGAACUAUGAAAAUAAGAGAAGAAAUUGACAAGCUCGAUAAAGAGCUAGCUGAAAAAGAAAAAUACGAAAAAGAAGAAGAAAGCUUACUGCAAGAGCUUGAAUUAAGGAAAGAAAAUUACCACCCAGGCAAAUGGAGUAUACAAGGACGGUAUUGGACUUGUUGUCUGUCUAAAAACAAAUUAGAAAUAGGAUGUAGAGAACUUUAA